CAGAUGGCUCAGCUGCUUGAGGAACUGGAGCAGAAGAACCUGGAGCAGAGUGGUGGCGCCUGGGGAGCCCUGCUGGUCUGGCAGCUCUGGGCUCUAACCGGAAUCCUGGUCCUUCUCGUGGCACUGUGGUUUGGAGUCGGGAAAAUCAGACGCAAUCCCGACAACAGUGGCGUCAAGGAGAGGUCCAGCAGCAACUUGGCGGAGGAAGAAGUCGAAGGAGAAGAAGGAGGAGAAGAAGAAGGAGGAGAAGAAGAAGGAGGAGAAGAAGAAGGAGGAGACACCAUCGUUGCAGAGAAAGAUAUAGAAAGCACCAACGUGGGAGAAGGCACCAUGGAUGGAAAUGAAGAAGGCAGCAACGUUGACGCAAAGGCAGAAAGCAGUGCUGGAAAUGAGGCAGAAGAAGGCAAUGAGGAUGCAACAGAAGGAGUAAUCCAGGGUGAGAAGUUUGAGGAAGCCAUCGAAGCCGGAAAGGAGGAAGAAGAUGAAGAAGAAGGCGGAGACAACACAGCGGCAGAGAGAGAAAUCAAAAGCAACAAUGCAAAUGUGGGAGAAAAUACGAUGGAUGGAAAUGAAGAAGGCAGCACCAUUGAUGUAAAGGCCGAAAGCAGCGCUGGAAAUGAAGCAAAAGACGGCAAUGAGGAUGCAAAAGAAGGAGUAAACCAUGGUGAGAAUUCUGAGGAAGCCCAUGCCGCUGGAAAUGAAGAGGAAGAAAAAGAAGAAGAAAAAGAGGAAGAAGAAGAUAAAGAAGCAGGACACAACAUUGUUGCAAAGGAAGAAAUCAAAAGCAACGAUGCAAAUGUGGAAGAAGACAAUAAGGAUGGAAAUGAAGAAGGCAACAACGUUGUUGCAAAGACAGAAAGCAGUGCUGGAAAUGAAGCACAAAAAGGCAAUGAUGGUGCGAAGGGAGAAGUAAACCGUGGUUUACCAAAAGAGGGCGAGGAAGACAAUGCUGCCGGACUCGAAGAAGACAAACGGGAUGCAAAGAGAGAAGACGACGCCCACAAUACCAAGGGGAACCUUGGAAGGCCUUUAGAGGAGCGCAUAGAGUUGCACGUAGUGGACCUGGACAAAGGUUGCUCCCUGGUAAUGGAGCUGAUGGACAAACUGACAGACAUCUUUGGACAAGACUUUUCCAACCAUUUCUACCCGGUGCCACAACAAGCCAUCGGAGUGGGCAGCGCCUUUGAAGGCUGGAGUCCCCACGCACAAGAUGCUGUGUACCGUGUGCUUGUGCCCCUGAGUCCCCCUCCAGGACACGCUUUCCACCUGGAGCUGGACGCCGCAGGGAUGCUCCAGAGGAACUUCUGUGUCCGUGUGGAGCUGCUGUGCACCUGCAGAGGGGAGCAGCUGCGGGAGGACAUGCUGUGCUUCCUCCACCACUCCGAGGAGGAGCUGAGAAGGAAGCAGGACCCCAGCCUCCUGCAGACCCUGUGCACUGGCUCCUAUCUAGACGUGGAAAAAACUGUCCAGUGGUUCUACCGAUUCCUGAGAGCAGCCCGGCUGUUUUUGCCUCCGUCCUGCCACUGGCAUUUAAUGUUGCAGCCCUGCAGCCGCUCCUGUAAAUUUCAGCUCAGCAGAGACACAGAAAGCUUCACGGUGGAGGUGAUCUUUGGGGUGCGGCAAGGAGACACAGAUGUCUUUGUGGGCAGCCAGCCUACAGAAGUAGGCGCGCCAAGCACAACGUGGCGCGAGACUUACGCCGUGGCAGAGGCAAAAUUCUUCAGGCACAUUUCCGGGCAGGCUCCCCAGGACAGCUGGCACUGCAAGUGCCUGCAGUUCCUCAGCUGCUUCCCGAUGGGCGUAGGUUUUUCCAGCUACGCCUUGAAGACUGUGGUGAUGCACCUCCUGAGCACCGUACCCCCGACACGCUGGGGCAGGAGGGACUUCCGUCAGCGACUGAUGGAUAUCCUGAAGUACCUGCGGUGCUCGCUGGAGACAAAGCGACUUCACCACUUUGUCAUAGGCAAUGAGAAGUUUCCCAGGGAGAUCAAAUUGCCCUCCGGCUUGCGGCUGGCUCAGCCACCCAACCUCUUAGCCCCUGGCGAGCAGCCCGGAAGCCCACACGAAGGCCGUGCAGGAGUACAUCCGCCUGCUGCAUCGGCUCAAACAAGUGCGGAUCUACGGCCAUUGAAAGGGAUCUCCCUGCACAGAGCUGUGCUUGUGGGGCCUCUUGGCAGACCCUCUAGAUAUUAACCUCCCGUAGUUAGUGUAGUUUUACAGUACAUAUUAACACCCCAUAGUCAGUGCAUUUGCUGCACGUAUUACAGCCCCGUAAGUAGUAAUUUUACCAUAUGUAUUAGGACCCUCUAGGUAGUGAAAUUACCAGAUAGACUGGGACACUUUAGGUGGCCCUUUUCCCGUAGAUAGUAAUACCCCCUAGAUAGUGAAUUCAGCAUUCCAGACCCUUCUUUGUUAUUGUUUCAAUAAACACGUCUAUUCCUUAAA